AUGUCGUCCAUGCAGCAGCGCAAGAAUGAGAUCCUGGCCAAGCGGGCUAAGCUUGCUGAGUUGAAAAAACAGCGCGACCUCCGUCAAAAGGAGUUCACCACCAACCGGUACAGUGUUGGAGAUGCUUCAGAGAUCGCUUCACCGGUUCCCAGUCAUUCUGGUAGCAGAGCUGAACUUGAUGAUUUGAUUUCGCGUCUGGUGGACCGUCCUGGGUCGGCUUCCCUUAGCCAUGGUGCUGAGGACCAGUCGCGCCGAGGAAGUCGGCCGACUUCAGUACUCAGCGCCAGCCAGUUGAGUGGAGAGAACGCGGAAACCUAUACCCCUUCGUCCAGACCUCAGUCCCAGUCUAUCGCCGUUCAGACUGUCGGGGACGAACCCUACACUGCCCCCACGCCCGAAGCUCAACCCCAAACCCAUGCCCCGCCGCCCCCUGAACCCAAACCAGAAGUCGUUACAUAUAGCAAGGGUGUCCAGACAGAUGGCCUAGACUUCCCAGAAGAUCCAGAUGAGUCGAUUGGUUCAGGUGAUGAAGAGCUCGCCGGAACUUCACGAUCGAACAAACGUCUUAGUCGGCGGGGUCGUGAGCGCGACGAGGAGAUCCGUCAAAAGAUUCGCGCCGAGAUUGAAGAGGAAUUGCAGGCGACCAACCAAACCGGGCAAGACGCUACGGCCGCACAGUCGUCAGACCUACGAUAUCCCAUGCGUACACUUGAGGAUGAUGAGCUCAAAGCUGUGACCUCAUCGGACGAUUUCCUGGAUUUUGUGGAGCGUUCCGCAAAGGUCAUUGAGCGGGCUCUCGAUGAGGAAUACGAUGUUCUUGCAGACUACGAAAUGGGUGGUAUAGAUGGAGACCUGGAAGAAGACGAAGAAACUGGCAAGAAAAGGAGGGGCAUUCGAGAGGUUUGCCAGUUUUGGGACGAGCGGUGGAGUAAGAAGCGCAUGAUCAGUGACAUUAGCUUCUCUCCUAAGUUCCCUGAGCUCGUGCUGGCAUCUUACACCAAGAACCCAUCUGCUCCCCAUGAGCCGGACGGUUUGGUGCAAGUCUGGAAUCAACAUUUGCAGUCACGCCCCGAAUAUGUUUUCCACUCUACCUCCGACAUUCUUACCGCCAAAUUCUCUCCUUUCCAUCCUAAUCUCAUUGUUGGAGGCUCAUAUUCGGGACAAGUCCUCCUAUGGGAUACUCGCUCCUCUCGCGCUGGCGGAGGUGCUCCCGUUCAAAAGACGCCAUUGACUGGAUCUGGACACACUCACCCUGUGUACAGUAUCUCUAUCAUUGGUACCCAGAAUGCGCACAAUAUUCUGACCUCUUCAACGGAUGGAGUGGUCUGUGGCUGGACAGUCGAUAUGCUUUCCCAGCCCCAAGAGUAUCUCGAGUUGACUACUCCCCCUCCAUCCAAGACGGAAGACCUUGCACCAACAACCAUGUCAUUCCCACAGUCUGACCCGACAUUCUUCAUUGUCGGUACCGAAGAGGGUGGUAUAUAUCCUUGCCACCGAUAUGAUCGCGCUGGGGCCAAGGCCGGCACAGACCAUCGCCUUGCCUACCGCGGCCACGCCGCCCCGAUCAUGUCAACCGCGUUCCACCCUGCUCGCGGCCCCGUCGAUCUGGGUGACUUGAUGCUGAGCUCCAGUCUUGACUGGAGUGUGAAACUUUGGCGUGUGCGGGCACCUGCCACAACAGCUUCUCCGCCGCGCAGGUCGUUUCACCCAUUCUGGACAUCACUCGUGAGGAUGUUGUAUACGACGCACGUUGGUCCCCCCCACCGACCUGGCGUCUUCUCUCUUGUUGACGGCGCCGGCAACUUGGAAGUGUGGGAUCUUUACACAGACACCGAAGUUCCAGUUGUACGCACUAGUCCAUCCCGUGGCUCCAAUGGCGGCAUCUCCCGUAGUCUUAACAAGGUUGCCUGGGAGGAACGCGAAGGCAGACGUCUCGCUACCGGUGGACUCAACGGCGUGGUUACGGUGUUUGAAGUGGGCAAGGGCCUGGGUGGUCCUUCUGAGGAGGUACCUGCUGAUGAGUGGACGGGCAUGAAACGACUAGUUGGAAAGCUGGAGCAGAAUGAUAGAGUUUCUUAG